AGAAGCGCGUCGAAUGCUCCCUGCACAUCCAUCGUGACCAUAGUGACGCGUUUGCCUACUGCCAGAGCCUGUUCUACGUCGUGCGUGAAUGCCGCUACAAUGUCCAUAGCUGAUCGCUUUGGAACCGCUCCUACGUGCUGUGGGCUGAUGAUAUCGUGCGUCAUUGCUGUUGUAGCGAUUCUUCUUGCCACUAGGCGUUCCAGCCCCUUGCCAAUGCAUGAGAGUAGGGCUAUCGGCCGCAUUGACCGUGCUGACGUCCGGUCUUUCUUUCCGGCUUUUGGUAUCAUUGUUACUUCUGCUACCCGCCAGCAGCCUGGGUAG